AUGGCGUCUGCUGCGUCCGCUCAUCUUUCCACCGUUCCUGACGAGGGAGACUUGGCCAGCCUAUACCAACAAGUGCUCGCUGGAUUUGCAGAGGAGACUCCUCCAGCUGAACGGCCGCACCACAGCAGUGAAGAGGAAAAUGAGUCUCUAUAUCGUCACUAUGGUGAUGAUGGAGGUGAUGCAUCCGCAUCAUCUCGUCGGCAGGCGUCCGUUUCGGUCACCUCGCCGCACAGUUUCGCACAUGGGCCCCCUUCAGCACAGCAUCCUCCACAUCGACCAGUAUCCACCGCGCAGUCACCGACCCGUGGACUAGCACGAAGACCCUUGCCUCCCCUUCCUGGUCAGUCAUCAAGCCCAAUGCUACCGCAAUCACCGUCUCCUCAAGCUCAAGUGCGUUAUGCAUCCGGAAUGCCUGAUUCACGACAUGGGCACGACGACUUUGCACCACCACCUCCGCCGCCGAAGCGGACCAGUACUGAUUCGGGUCGUAGGUUGCCUCCACCUCCAGUAGAAAUGGUCUCUUCGACCAAAACCAAUGGUUUUCAUAAUAUUCCACCACCACCACCCCUUCCUCCUAACCGAACAUCAACUUUCAGUAGUGUCAGUGUCAAUUCGCGACCUGAUUCUCGCUCAUAUGGGCAGGCGCUGCGUCCGGGUUCGUCUGACAGUAUGGCUGUGAGAGGAUCUCCUAUGCAGAUGCCCGUGCCGGAGAUUCCAGAAGGUUACAGUUGGAAGACGGAUGGUAAGUCUCAGAGACAACUCUCCACGAGACCGCCAGGUGCGUCGCCACCCCAAGUUCCUGGACACAACGGUUCCUACGAAGAAGAUCGUUCAUCGGCCUCAUUUUCCCCACACGACGAGCUAUAUACCACUCCGUCAGACUAUUCUCCUUCGCUGAUGACAGCGACUCAGCAUAGUCAGAAAUCCUCACAAUUCAUGCACGAUGUUGGGCGAACUGGGUCAUUAGGCUCGGGAAGGUCGUCAGCGCACGGAAGUAUCGUGUUCUCUCAUCAAAAUGGCACGGCUAAUGUGGAUCGGCAUCCCUCAACCAUCACGACUGCGUCAAGUUCGUCUAUGUAUUUUGGGAGCGAUACUGUGAAUACGACUGCCGCCUCGUCAAUAACAUUCGAUCGUGGGGAUUCAAUUGGCUCGUUCACACCGAAAGGGUCGGAAGCUGCGAUCCAAGUGCAAUCUGGCUCUAGUAUGCAGUUAUUACAUCAGUAUGAUUCCCAGCGAUUACUCUCUGCCCACACUGCCGGUCAAGUUUCACGUUCGUCUUCCGCCCAAGGUCCGGCGCGAUCUAUUCCUUCUUCGAGUCCUUCGUGGCGAGAUAAUGAAAUUAUACGGACAUUACAAGAUAUCAAGCGCCCACUGGAUUUACACUCUGGAGACUGGGAUGAAGAGGAUGAUUUUUAUGAUGAGGACGGCUCAGAGGAGAAUGAUGACCGCUUCUUCAAUCCUGCGCUACUAAGUCAUAUUGCGGUGAGGCUGCGCGACAAGGUUCCGAGGGGGACGCAUGUGAAGGGGAGUAUACCAUAUCCCAAGGCCUUCACUGGCAAGGACAUUGUGUCCACUGUUCAGUCGAUCAUUCAACGCGAGCUACUCGUCACUCAUGGGAUCUCGACAAGCGACAGACGCGCCGCCCUCCAGGUGGCGCGCAGCUUGCAGAGUCAACUCUUCUUUUACGAAGUAGAGUGGGGCGGACGCGUGCUUCAGGAUGGCGUCGAGGAUGUCUACAUGUUUCUGGACGACCAGGAGGGCACCUCUGAACCAGUACUUGAUCGGGCAGAGCGGGAGGAGUUGCCCACUGCUGUAAUCACGCUGCUGACAAGGUGCUAUGCUCCGAGCUGCUAUGAUGAGACACCGUGUUAUGCAUAUGACUGUCCUAAAAGGAAUCGAAGUCUGCCUGUGGUGGCUGCCGUGGAAGUUGAGGAUGUGGAAGAGCAGGAUGAUUCUUGGUCAAAGGAUGUACCUGCAGAAGUACUGCGGACAUUGCCAGAAAGCGAAAAGAAGCGUCAAACUAUAAUAUAUAACGUCAUCGCCAAGGAGAAACAGUACCUCCGCGAUUUGGACAUUGUGGAAUCGCUUUUCAUCAAACCGUUGCGCAGGGCAAACCCGCCUGUAAUCCGCCAAAGCGACCUCGAGACCUUUAUCGAUGAGGUUUUCGCAAACAUCCUUGAUUUGCGCGAAUGCAAUCGUCGUCUUCUGGAAAUGCUGAAUGUGCGGCAACGUGAGCAAGCGCCGAUCAUUCAGGGAGUUGGAGACAUAUUCCUUGAAGCGGCUACCGAAUUUCGUCUGUCGUAUCCUCUUUACGUUGGGCAGCUUCCUCUCGCCGAAAAGAGAGUUAAAGACGAAAGUGAUCGCAACGCGGAGUUCCGGCGAUUCUUGGAGCAAUGUGCUCGCCACCCAGAUGCUCAUCGACUGGACCUCAAGCACUUCCUGAAUCGGCCUUCCGAGCAUAUGCAGAAAUAUCCGGUCCUUCUUGAAGCAAUCUGCAGCGAGACCGUCGAAGGAAAUCCUGAUGUCGAGUUCUUAAAAGAAGCGAUAGAAGCGAUUAAGAAGUUGCAAAGUGUGGCUCAGUUGUGGACCUGGCAAUCAGCCAUGGGCAAGGGUCCAACUGGCAAGCUAGAAUGGUACAAUCUUGUGUCUGAAGAGUUUAGGAAGAGCUUACCAAAAAAGGAAGCUAAGCGCCAGUCCAUAAUCUUUGAACUCAUCAAGGGAGAGAUGGAGUACGUGAAAGAUCUGGAGAACAUCGAAGUGAUGUACGUCUCGCCACUGCGAGAAAUGGAUCCGCCCAUUGUUCCCCGAGAUAGACUGGAACAGUUUAUUCGGGAUGUGUUCCAUAACUUCGACGAGUUACAUGCAUAUCAUAAGAAGAUGCUUCUUGCCUUCCACGACAUUCAGCGCGAGGAACACCCGGUCAUUCGCAGUAUUACCGCAGCAAUCUACGACGCAGUUCUAAAUUUUCGGGAUGCAUAUAUGGAUUACAUCCCCAACUAUCCUAUAGCAGAAUAUCGCAUUGACGACGAGAUGGCUACGAAUCCUGCAUUCAAAGCAUUUGUUGAUCAAUGCACUCGACACCCUGAUGCUCGAAAGCUGGAUAUGAAAAAUUUCGUUAACCGCCCUAUCCCUCGCUUGUUGCGGUACGAACUUCUUUUGAAAGGUGUCUUGGAGGAGACGCCUGCAGACCAUGAGGACCGCGAAGCGAUACCUCAAGUACUUGAGCUUAUUAAAUCCCUUGGAAAGGAGGCCGAGCCGGGCGUGACUUCGGCCAAACAAAAAGUUGAAGUCUGGCGUUACAACUCGCAACUGGUCUUCAAGCCAGGGGAGGCUAUUGAUAUGGACCUAUUAAACGAGAAUCGGUCCUUAAUCCAUGCUGGAAAGCUCUUGCGCCAGCCGGAUACCGGGUUCGAAUGGAGUGGAUGGUCGGAGUUAUUCGUUUUGCUUUUCGAUAACUAUCUUGUAAUGACUAAGCCGAAGGAGAAAGAUGGUGUCACACGAUACCAGGUUUACAGACGACCGAUACCGCUAGACCUCCUGACCCUGGCCAACUUUACAGAUCCUUCGACGCAGCGGGGUGCUGGAAUACUCAGGCUAGGCCGUUCAGGAACAGAUCGUCAUGUUGAAACUGCCACAACUCCUGGGGCAGCGAGUGCUGUUGACAGCGCAACUGAUUCUCGUGCCGUCUAUCCUUGCACUAUUCACCAUAACGGACGAUUGGGAGGUCUCUACACUGUCUUUGCCGAGUCUAGCCAAGGGCGCAGCGAUUGGAAACAGAAACUUGACGAGGCGAUUGGACUGCGUAAGGUGGUACAGGAAUCUAACAAGGUCUUCGAAGUUGAAACUCUCAGCGCGGAUACGUUCUUUGUCCCAGCCAUUACGCAGAGCAACGGAACCUCAUACAGCCACGAGAAUCCGUUCACUGGAAAGGCGACAUGCUCUGUUCCAUUCACUACUCCUGACGGUAGGGGUCUCGUCGCAAUAGGAUGCGCCGAGGGCGUGUGGAUUGGCUUCCGUCACGAUUCAAAAUCCAUGCGCCGAGUAUUGCAUCUAAAAAUGGUAACCCAAUGCGCCAUGCUCGAAGAUUUCGGGAUUUUCCUAGUGCUUGCCGACAAGUCGCUGUAUGCGUAUCAUAUUGAAGCCCUUGUCCCAUCAUCUCCACAACAUCUCAACACAUCGCAAACGCCUCAAAAGUUGAGCGGCAACAAAGAUGUCCACUUCUUCAGCGUCGGCAGUCUCAAUGGUCGUACUCUGGUCAUCUACAUGAAGAAGAAAGGACUGGACAGUGUCUUCCGUGUCCUUGAACCCGUCGUUGGAAAAAUCAACGAGAGAGCUAGGGCACCGCAGAGCUUGGGUUCACGUCUCGGUCUAAGGUCGCAACGAUCGGAGUGGUUCAGAGUGUAUAGGGAUUUCUUCUUGCCAUCGGAGGCCUAUGACCUAAUCUUCCUAAAAGCCAGAAUUGUGAUCCUUUGUACGAAAGGUUUUGAGAUCAUGGAUUUGACGGACUUCAAGAGUGUUACUAUUCCUCAGCGCGAUGAUCCACGGCUUGAGAAGUUGGCCAAGCGCUGCGACUCGUGCAGACCUAUGGGCAUGUUCCGCACCAGUCAGGACGAAUUUUUGCUAUGUUACGACGAGUUUGGUCUAUAUGUCGAUCGACACGGAGACCCUAGCCGUUCAUUGGGAACCAUCGAAUGGGAGGGCACUGCUGAGCAUGUUGCCUGGCAUCCGCCAUACGUGCUGUUAUUCGACACACGUUUCAUUGAGAUCCGCCAUGUGGAGACUGGCCGGCUUGCACAGAUCAUCCCCGGCAACGAUGUGCGAUGUCUCUGGGAUGGACGAGGAACUACAAAUGUUCCAACCUCCACAGUACCAGGUCCAGAAGGUUGGACAGAAGGGGUAUCCCAAGAGCCUCGCGUGCACGGCGUCAUGAACUCAGGUGCUAUUCAGCCUGGUACAGGGCCCCGCGGUGUCCGUCCUGUGGUGCAGCACGUGUUCGAACUCAUUCCCACAAUACCACUUUACAUUCCUGAAUCAUUGUCCUCUCCUUCACAUGCAACGCAAUUCGCACAGAGUAACUCUCCCCCACAUUCGCCGCGUUUGAACCCAACUUUAUCUUUCCGAUGA